CACUAUUACUAUAUUACAAUACUAUUUGCUUUUGCAGUGUGGUGUCUCUCACACACUCUCUCACUCGCUCUCUCUCUCUCUCUACAUUUAUUUACACAGUAUCAUGGUUGCUUGCCUGCCUCGUGAUUUCUGCUCUAAGUAAAGCAAGUGGAAUAAAAGAGGGAGAUUUUAUAGUAAAUCUUUCUUCUUUUUAGUCUCAUUUAUACUUGUUUAGGAUGAAAAAUCAUUCAAUGCAGCAGUCCGUGGAAAUUAUAUAGUUAAAUCCAAAACUUGGGCCUUCUAAACGGCCGUGUUCUUUUCAAGAUUUGGGUGAUUGAGAGAGGGAAAGAGGGAGGAGCAGAGCAAUGGUGAAGGUAGUGGGUGUGGUCGUGGCCAUUGUUGGACUUGUUUUUAGCAAAUGGGUUUAUGGUUUUGAGUUUGAAGAAAAUGGGAGUUGGGUACAUGGUCUUGAUGAUUUGAAUGUCACAGAGCUCUCAUUCUCAGUCUCUUAUGGAGUCUCUGCUGCUAGCAGGCCUAUGAUGGUAGGCUUAACCCUUAUUCACGCUGCUGCUGCGAAAGGGGCAGUUUGUUUAGAUGGAACAUUACCGGGGUAUCAUUUGCAUCGUGGAUAUGGGUCAGGGGCAAACAGUUGGCUCAUUCAAUUGGAGGGGGGAGGAUGGUGUAAUAGCAUUAGAACUUGUGUUUACCGCAAGAAAACUAGGAGAGGAUCAUCAAUAUAUAUGGAAAAGCAGAUCCCAUUUACCGGAAUUCUGAGCAAUAAUCCUGAAGAAAAUCCUGAUUUUUUCAACUGGAAUAGAGUAAAGCUUCGUUAUUGUGAUGGUGCCUCUUUUACUGGUGACAGCCAAAAUCAGGCUGCACAACUGAAUUUCAGAGGACAGCGUAUCUGGUCAGCUGCUAUAGAAGAUUUAAUGUCCAAGGGAAUGCGCUAUGCCAACCAGGCUCUUCUUUCUGGGUGCUCUGCUGGAGGUCUGGCAGCUAUUUUGCACUGUGAUGAGUUUCGAGGCUUUUUUCCAAGAAAUACUAAAGUGAAGUGCCUGAGUGAUGCUGGAUUAUUCCUUGAUUCGAUUGAUGUAUCCGGUGGGCGCACCCUUAGGAAUCUCUUCAGUGGUGUAGUUAACUUGCAGGGGGUGCAAAGGAACCUGCCAUCUUUUUGUUUGAAUCGUCUUGAUCCAACCUCGUGCUUCUUCCCACAGAACGUGAUAUCCAAUAUCAAAACCCCGCUAUUUCUUCUCAAUGCAGCCUAUGAUUCAUGGCAGGUCCAGGCCAGUUUAGCUCCACCAUCAGCUGAUCCCCAUGGCUAUUGGAAUGAAUGCAAAAAGAACCAUGCCCAGUGUUCUCCAUCACAAAUUCAAUUCCUGCAAGGAUUCAGGAAUCAAAUGCUGAAUGCAAUAAAAGGCUUCUCAAUGUCUAAACAAAACGGGUUAUUCAUAAAUUCAUGUUUUGCUCACUGCCAGACAGAGAGGCAGGAUACGUGGUUUGCUGAUAAUUCUCCCAUUAUUAAAAACAAGGGGAUUGCUUUAGCUGUUGGAGACUGGUACUUCGACCGAUCUGGCAUUAAAGCCAUCGACUGCCCCUACCCUUGUGACAAGACCUGCCACAAUCUAGUAUUCCGAUGAGCCAUUUUGAUCAAUUUCAUCAUUUUACAUGGUCAUCCUAUCGAGUAAUUCAUAUCUUCUCAAUUGCUAUUGAAAGAAACAAUGCAAUUCAAAGAAAAUUUAUAGAAGACAAUAAAAAUGAAGGUUGCUGAGAUGUGCAAUUUUACAGUCAGCAAGCCUUAUGUAUUGUUGUUCCAAUCUCUUGAACCUUCAACAUGUUUUCAAUUUUAUUUUAUCUUCAUUGUUCUCUUGUUGUAGCUGGCCAUUGAGUUGAGUUGUCGAUGGCCCUAUGCAAAUUCUCCUACCCAUACUUGGACUGCUGUCAAGGCCCUUCACUGAGUUGUAACAUCUUGUGGAUUAUAUACUAUAACCUUAUUUGAUUA